UAGUUUACUGAACCAGCUAUAAUCCUUUAUUGAUGGAUAUGUAAGUCAUUUCUAGUCUUUUGUUCUUAAUAAACAAUAUUUCUAGGAGAUAGAUAACCUUGUACUUCAUAAAUUUAUAUAUAUGCAAGUAUAACUAGAAUAGAUACCACCAAAAGAUAAAUGCAUUUGUAAUUUGUAUGAAUUGUCAAAUUGCACUCCAUACUGGUUGUAUCAAUUUAUACUUCCACCGCCAAUAUAUGGGAGUAUGUAUUAUCAGACUGGAAACCCUGGUGGCAUAGUGGUUAAGAGCUACAGUGCUAACCAAAAGGUCAGCAGUUUGAAUCUACCUGGUGCUCCUUGGAAACCCUAUGGGGCAGUUCUACUCUGUCCUGUAGGGUCACUCUGAGUUGGAAUCGACUCAACGGCAAUGGACCCAAUGGGUUAUAACCAGACCACAACCUUGACAACACAAGCUGUUACUAAACUUUUGGAUUUGCCAAUCUCAGUAAACAUUGCUGUCAAGUUGAUUCAGACUCAUAGAGACCCUAUAGGACAGAGUAGAGCUGCCACAUAGUGUUUCCAAGGCUGUAAAUCUUUAUGGCAGCAGACUGCCACAUCUUUCUCCCAUGGAAGCACUGAUGGGUUCAAACUGCUGACCUUGCCUUUAGCUGCAGAGCACUUAAUCACUGUGCCACCAGGACUCCCUUGCAGUAACAUAGUACAGCUUUGAUUCGCAUCCCCUUACGAAAAGUGAGGUUGUGCAUCUUUUCAUAUGCUUAAAAGCCAUUUGUAUUUUCUUUCUCAUAAACUGUUUUGACCCUUUAAACAUUUUCCCUUGGAUAUUGUCUAUCUUUUGACUUAACUUAUGGUAGUUUCUGCUGUGCAGGAUUUUUUUGUUUACUUCUCUUUAUGUAGUUGAAUUUGUCAGCUACAUAUGGCUUUCUCCCAAAUCAUAAAAGAAUUCCUUAAUUGUUUAUUCUAGCACUUUGUUGGUUUCAUUUAUAUAUUAUGACAUAAAUAUACAGAAAGGUGUAAAAAUUUAAGAGAAUGUCCUUAUUCAGGAAAUUCACUCUAAUAUCUGGAACUUUCAAAUGGUUUGGUCAAAAAAGAGAAAAAAGUAUGUGGGUGUAUGUGGAGGAGUUGGGGAAGAAAUCAAAUGUAGCAUGAUACUAACAAUUAGUAAAUCUGUGUGAGGGCAUAUAGAUGUUCAUUGUAUUAUUCUUUCAACUUCUGAGAAUUUGGAAUUCCAUAAAAAAAGAUGAAGAAAAAAGCAAUUUUAAAAUUUAGAAAACAUAGAUGUAAUUUAAAAGCAAGAAUAAAAAUAAAAGAGAAAUAAGAGAUGAAAUAAGCAAAUAUAACAUAUAGAUCCUAGUUUGAACAAAUCUAUUUGGAACAUUCAGAGGAAUUUUAAUACAAACAGGGUACUAGGCAAUAUUAAGGAGUUAUUAUUAAUUUUGUUAACUAUGAAAAUGUUAUGAUUAAGUGGGAAAAUAGUCUUAUUUUUAAAGAUGUAUGCUGAAAUACUCUAUGAAAUAGCUAAAUGUCAUGGUAUCUGUAAUUUUCUUUAAAAUAUUUCUCCUAAGAAAAUCAAUGAAGCAAUAUGGCAAAAUGUUAGCAGUUGUUAAAUCUCAGUGAUAGUUAUAUGUGUGUUCAUUAUACCAAUAUCUCUGUUUUGUUUGGCACUUUUUUGAAAUUUUCAUCAUAAAAAUUUUGAAAAUGAAGAAGAAAAAUAAAAUCUAUGAGCCUCAUUUUCAGGUUAAGAAAUAGAACAUUUUAAUUAUGUUCCUAUCUGAUCUUUCCCAGCCCCACACUCUCCCUCUUCUGUGUCCCAGUACCAUUUAUUAAAUAGUCCAUCCUUUUCCUGAUGAUCUUUGGUGCUUCCUCCUCUGUCCCACUGGAUUAUUUGCCUGUUCUUGUACCUAUACAAUAUGAUCUCAAUUUCAGUAGUUUAUAAGUUGUCCUGAUACCUGCUGGAACAAGUUCUGUUUUGUUCUUGUGUCACCUCUAAAAUAUAUGUUGGAAAUGCAAACUCUUUGUACAUAAAAUUUAAAAAUCUUCACUCAAAAAAAAAAUACACAUGGCUCAUAAGCAUGUAAAAAGAUGCUCAACAUCAGUAGUCAUUAGGGAAAUGCAAAUAAAACCACUAUCAAUAGCCUAGAAUGGCUAUAAUACAUGCGACAGAUAAUAACACAUAUUAGCAAGGAUGUGGAGAAAUUGGAACCUUCAUACAUUGCUGGCAGGAAUGUGAAAUGCUGUAACAGCUUCAGAGAAGUUUGGCAGUUUCUCUAAACGUUAAACAUAAAACUACCACAUGACCCAGUAAUUCCACUCCUAGGUAUUUACUCAAGAAUAAUGAAAAUGUAUGUCUUCACAAAGACUUGCAUGUGAAUGUUCAUAGAGGCAUUGAUAUUCAUAAUAGCUAAAAUCUUGAGACAACCUAGAUGUUCAUGAAGUGGUGAAUGGAUAGACAUUAUGUUGGGUGAUGGAAUGAUAGGUAAUUUUUUCUUUAAAUUAUUUUCUACAUUUUUCCUUAAUGACUUAACAUAAAUUUUCAGAAAUACUUUUAAGGAGUUAUUUUUAGUGAAGGAUAUACUUGAUGAGCCAACUGGCUAAGGCCCUGAAUAUGCCCUGUGAGUCCUGCCGAGGAUACAUUGUUAUUUUCUGAGUACAGUUCUAUACUUCUCUCAGAGAGCUUGUGGGGUCCAGAUUUUAUGGAAAUGAGCUCAAGAAGGAAAAACAGGUCAACCAACGAAUUAAAAAUAUGAUGCAACAAAAAGCUCAGAUAACCAGUCAGCAGCUAAGGAAAGCACAAUUACAGGUUGACAGAUUUGCAAUGGAUUUAGAGCAGAGCCGGGAUCUGAACAGUACCAUAGUGCAUAUUGACAUGGAUGCUUUCUAUGCUGCUGUAGAAAUGAGGGACAAUCCAGAACUGAAGAAUAAACCCAUCGCUGUAGGAUCAAUGAGUAUGUUGACUACUUCAAAUUACCAUGCAAGGAAGUUUGGUGUUCGUGCAGCCAUGCCAGGAUUUAUUGCUAAAAGACUCUGCCCACAACUUAUUAUAGUGCCUCCAAACUUUGACAAAUACCAAGCUGUGAGUAAAGAGGUUAAGGAAAUACUUGCUGAUUAUGAUCCCAAUUUUAUGGCCAUGAGUCUUGAUGAAGCCUACUUGAAUAUAACAGAGCACUUACAGGAAAGACAAAAUUGGCCUGAGGACAAAAGAAGAUAUUUCAUCAAAACAAGAAACUCUAUAGAAAAUGAUAAACCAAGAGAGGAAGUUGGUAAAUUGAGUGAACGUGAACUGUCCAUCUCUCCACUACUUUUUGAAGAUAGUCCUCCUGAUCUGCAGCCUCCAGGAAUUUCUUUCCAAGUGAACUUUGAAGAACAUAACAACCCUCAAAUACUCCAAAACUCAGUUGUUUUUGGAACAUCAGCUGAGGAAGUGGUAAAGGAAAUUCGUUUCAGAAUUGAGCAAAAAACAACACUGACAGCCAGUGCAGGCAUUGCCCCAAAUACAAUGUUAGCAAAAGUAUGCAGUGAUAAGAAUAAACCAAAUGGACAAUAUCAAAUUCACCCCAACAGACAAGCUGUGAUGGAUUUCAUCAAGGACUUACCCAUUAGAAAGAUUUCUGGAAUUGGACAAGUUACAGAGAAAAUGUUAAAGGCCCUUGGAAUUAUUACUUGCACAGAACUCUACCAACAAAGGGCAUUACUUUCUCUCCUUUUCUCUGAAACAUCUUGGCAUUAUUUCCUUCAUGUCUCUCUGGGGCUAGGCUCAACACACCUGGAAAGGGAUGGAGAGAGGAAAAGUAUGAGCGUUGAGAGGACAUUCAGUGAGAUAAGUAAAGCAGAAGAACAGUACAGCUUGUGCCAAGAGCUUUGCAGUGAACUUGCUCAAGAUCUUCAGAAAAAAGGACUUAAGGGUAGAACUGUUACCAUUAAGCUGAAGAACGUGAAUUUUGAAGUCAAAACCCGUGCCUCUACGGUUUCAUCUGUUGUUUCUACUGCUGAAGAAAUAUUUGCCAUUGCUAAGGAAUUGCUAAGAACGGAAGUUGAUGCUGAUUUUCCACAUCCUUUGAGAUUAAGACUUAUGGGUGUGCGGAUAUCUAGUUUUGCCAAUGAAGAAGACAAGAAACACCAACAAAGGAGCAUUAUUGGCUUCUUACAGGCUAGAAACCAAGCCCUGGCAGCCACUGAGUGUAUACUAGAGAAAACUGACGAAGAUCAGUUUACAAAACCUUUAAAAAUGUCUCAUGAGAGUUUCUUCGAUAAAAAAAGAUCAGAAAUGAAAUGGAACCACCAAGACACGUUUAAAUGUGAAACUGUGAGUAAACCAAGUUUACACACAUCACAACCGUUUCAAGUUUUAAAGAAGAAGAUGGAUGAGAAUUUAGAAACAUCAAAGAAUUCAGAUAACUGUCAGAUAUUUACCUGUCCUGUUUGCUUUAGGGCGCAAGAAAGCAUCAGCCUGGAAGUCUUUAAUAGACAUGUGGAUGCAUGUCUUGGUGGACCUUCAGUCAGUGAAGACCAUGCUUUCUCUUCAGAAGUUAACAGGGAAGAAAACGCACAUCAUUCUCUUUCAGUCUUUGAGAAGCAGGAUUCUGAAGCCCAUCAGAAGAAUACAGAGGUCACUUCAGUAGACUGUGCAGAUUUGAUAGAGACUGUAGGGAACCUAUCUAAAGCAGAAAGUAUAGAUGCUUUAAGUAAUAAGCACAGCAAAGAGGAAUGUCAUAGCCUUCCAAGCAAGUCUUUUAAUACUGAAUGCUUUCAUCAGAGCUCUUCUUAUACUGUUUCACUGGAAAAUGAAGAUGGCAUAUCAUUAAGUAGGCAAGAAUCCUCCCAGCCAUCUUCACAUGGAAUGAUAACCGACCAAGCUCUAGUUUGUCCUGUUUGUAACCUAGACCAAAAGACUUCAGAUCUUUCCCUAUUCAAUAUGCAUGUGGAUGUUUGCUUAAAUAAAGGUAUUAUCCAGGAACUGAGGAAGGAUAAAGUUAAUCCAGUUAACCAACCCAAACAAUGCUCAACAAGUACUGCAGGUAGCGCAGGCAGAGCACAGAAGACUGUAACAAGAACAAGAAGGCCAGGACUGAUAACAAAGCAUUCAAGAUCAAAGAAAACAAAGCCAGACAAUUCCAGACACACCCUCGAUCUAUUUUUUAAAUGAACAUUGAACAUUUUUGUCAUUAAUUUUUUCAGUAGAGCUUCUUAUUUUAUAAUCAAGGAGUUUAUUCUUCUUCAUUAAAAGUUUGGAUAUGUAUUUAGUUAAAAGCAAGUGCAGUGAUCUGUCUCCAAAAGAUAUUUAUUUCCUUUCAUAUGAAUUUGGAAUAUAUGCUAAUUUACUUCUGUAUACCUUUUUGAAAACCGUGAGAAUUUCAUUUCCAGUAUACAUCAACUGGGAAUCAGUGAUGUUAGGGGUAAUUUAUAAAAAGAGAAACCUAAGAAUAGAAAUAGAAAGUCAUUUCUUUCUUUAUUGUUUUUGAAAUGACUAUAAAAACAUUUAUAAGGACUCUCAGAGGUCCACACAAACCUAAUCUAGCCUAAGAAUUUUUUAGCACUUACCUACUUUGUUGGCACUGGACUAUCGUAUUUGAUCCUAGUUUCUUCAGGUACCUCAUGAGCUUUCGUAACUAAAAUUUAUCAUAAGUGCUGUGAAGAAUAUUAGCAGAACUAGUAUGAGUGGUUUUGUACCUUCAGAAAAUACCACAAGAUUAUUUGUUAAAGAGAUUUUUACUUAAAAUAUGAUUGUUUUUCUUAUUUAAAAUUCCUUUAUCUUGUGAAUAAGCACUUGAUUCACUUUAAGCAAUAUUUAACCAAAGAUUCAAGGUAGUUAUUUUCUUAUGUAGGACUUUUAAAUGGCAUUAUUUAAUUUCUUGGCAGUUAUGUUUGUACUUUCUUCAAGAGAAAAAUGUAUAAUUCAAAAGAUUAUACAUCGCUUCGUUACAUUUUAUAAUUUUUUUUUAUUAUUUACACAGUUUAACAGUUUUAAAUAGUUAUUCCAAACGUUUUUGAGCUAUCAGUAAGUUAGAGUUCUUAUCAAAAGACAAUUAUUUAAUUGGAAUAUGAAGAUGAAAACCAAUUCUGUUAAUGCUUUAGGAACUGAAUCUUUUGUUCUUUUAUUUAUUUUUUUAUUUUCUCUUUUUCUACUUUUCAUAUUUUAGCUUAUUAUCCAAAUAUAUAAGCACAUAAUAUUUUUAGGGAUAGCUUAAAUUAGGAUAUUGCACAAUCUUUGGCCCAAGUGGUAACUUAACUUUUAAUUAGAUUAUUUAAAAUUAGGCUUAAUGCUUAUUAUUAUAUACUGUGUUAUUAUAUUAUUAUAUAUUAUGGUGGAUACAAAAAGUUAUAGAGUUAUAGUUCUUGAAUGUGUGACUUACUUAUGUAAGUACUGUAUAAAAUUAAGUUCAAUGAAACACUGAUUUAAUGUAUUGAAAAGUAGAUAGCACCAUAUUUAGUUAUUUCUGUCCUUAGGAAUAACACAAAGGUACCCUCUAUAAUUUUGCUGGAGAUCCUACCCAAUUCAAUAAAUAAAUAAGAUGAAUAAAAACUGGAAACAAAGGGGGAAAAA